UCCCCACUCCGUCCGAGUCCCCUGCCCCAACCCCUAUAGCCUACCCAUUCCAGCCGCCACCCCUUCCAAGCCGUCGUCGCCGCCGCCGCCCAUCUGCCGUCGAAACCUACCUAUUCCAGCCGCCGCCGUUUCAAGCUAUGGAGAAUCCGGUGGUGGAGCCGAUCUCCAGGCUCACCCGCGACCUAAUCGCGGAGAUCCUCUCCCGCGUGCCCUACAAAUCUCUCUGCAUCUGCAAGUGCGUCUGCCCGGCCUGGCGCGACCUCAUCGCCGACCCCGUGUACAGGAAGAAGAUUCUGCAGUCCCUGGCCGGCUUCUUCUACCGCAUCAACGACGAAGCCGCGGCCGAGCCCCGCGGCUUCCCCGGCGUCAACUACGCCGACCUGUCCGCCUUCCCGUGGGCGAGCGUCCCCAGGACCCACCCGCGGCUACCGCUGCCGCCCGACAGCACGGACCGCGUCAUGUCCGUCGAUGAUUCCUGCGAUGGACUGUUUCUUGCCCGCAUUUCUAUUGGGGCUGGCAAUUUUCGCUACAUGGUCUCCAAUCCAGCCAGCGGUGAGUACACUCUGCUGCCCCACAAUGGCCACGCCGGCACCAACAGCAUUGCUUACCUGGGUUUCGACAGUGGUGCGUCCACUCAAGAGUUCCAUGUGUUUGAGUUUCUACACGAAUGGUCACACCGGAACUGGGGCUCGAACAAAUCCCUGUUUGUGAGAGCAGUGAGGAUUUACUCCUCAAAAACUGGUGCAUGGGUGGCAAUGGAACCCCAAUGGGACAUCGAAGUCGGCUUGUGCUUUGAUCAGCCUGGAGUUUUCUGUAAUGGGUGUUUGCACUUGCUCACAUAUCAGUCCGGGCUGGCGAUAGUUGAUGCACAAGGGGUAAAAUGGAGAACCGUCCUGCUGCCAAUACUCGCUGCUAAGGGUUUCUCAGGUUUCAUCGGGAAGUCUGCCGGACAGCUACUUUACAUCGACCCCCGUGAUAGUCAAGGAUACAGCUCAAACAGAUCUUUGACUAUAUCAGUUUACGUUCUUAGUGUUGAGAUUUAUAACUGGGAAGUGUCCCACCUGGACGACGAAUGCGUGUACUGGAAUAUGUUGCACAAGUUUUCAAAUGCAGUUCCAAAGAAGAAGUUUCUCAAAGUCAUUGGUGUACACCCACAUGCCAAUCUGAUCGUCAUGGCUUAUUCAAACAGUGAACUGUUGGCAUACGAUUUGGAUCACCGUGAAAGUACAAUUGUAUAUCACCUUGAUCAUGACUACCGGACAUUUAUGCAAUUUUUCCCAUAUGUGCCACUGCUGUCCUGCCUACCAUUGGAUGGAGGAAUACGGCUGGCAACUCCAAAUUGAUGAAUGUUCUGCUGAUUGAAGAAAGGGCGGCCAUGGGUGAGGUAACUUCCAUUGAACCUCUUUCCUGAAGAGAUUCUCAGUAUUCCAGCAAGUUCUGAACGUUGUACUGAUUUUCUGCCUUGUCCCACACACUAAGAUUGGAGCAUAUUCUAGAAAAACCUAAGUGAUGCUGCCAAAGGAGCAUCGUCAAAUCAAGGGACUAUGGAAAAAGCUUGGAGAAAAUUAUGGUUAAUUCAGUGUCCUAACAAGAUGGAGGUGGUUUUACGGAGAAUGUGGCUCAUAAUUGCCUUCUUACUGGUAUUCAACUUCAAGUGCGAUCAGUCACGACAAGGCAAUGGUCAAUGGCUGUAUGGCACAUGUGUGUGGGAGAACAGGUACCGAUGUAGCAAUGGUGAGGCACUAUCCCACCCUCUUCGCGUUGCUGAAAAAAAUCUAAGGUUAUAUCGAUUUUAUCUCGCUAAUUGCCAUCAGUUCAAUAGGCUUGAAUAGGCGUGAGACGCCGACGUCAACUCAGAAAUAUAUGAUCUCUGCCACUAGAAAGCUUGUUGAUGAUCAAUGUGGUUUCUGCAUUUCUUUAGAAUCUGGAUGCGCUGGUUUCGGAGUAGUAACGUGUGCUCACUUGGGACUGGUGAGCUGUUUGCUGAGGCUUCCUCAGUCGUGUAUAUUGCCCUCAAGCUCUCAGUUCUUGCUGAAAAUACAGGGGUCCAAUCGCUUCAGGUGGUUUCUGAUUGUCCCUCGGUAAUUAAUGAAGUCCAACAACAACAAGGCCUCGAUAGAUCUCUCACCAGUGCGGCGGUGCUAUUAUCCGUAAUAUUUAAGAGCAGAGCUAGAAAGUUUAUAUCCUGUGCACAUAGACAUGCUGUUCGUAGGUGUAAGGAGGCAGCUCAUGUUCUGAUCACUCAGUUGUAGAAUAGAAUUAAGCAUUAGUGUAUAAUGAUAGAGUUUUUUUUUCUAGCAGAUAAAUUUGUUAGUAUAGUAUGAUUUUUUUAGCGGGUGCUUCUUAAGGUAAGCACUUACCACAUGCAUUUUAGCUAAUUAAUGUAACUAUAUUGAUGUUUACUGCUUUAAUGAUUCUCGUAGUAGCAUACUGCUAUUUCCUGGCUUCCUGCCUUUAUUAAGUAGAGUAAGGCUAGACUACUUUUCUUGCGUCCAUUGGUUAUCUACCUUCUACUGCUUUCUGCAGGUAACUUCCAUUGUCAGUGUGUAUUCUACUGAAUAUUGUGAAGCACAUUGCCUGCUAAAAACCUUGCAUAGCCGUUGAACUGUUCUGCUCCCUCUUACUAGUAAUUACCUACAGUUAUAUCCUUAGUCCUUGAUAGAAUUUCAUUAGCUCUACACUAACUAAUUCACUAAUUCUUUAUAAAUAAUGGUUCUUAAAAAGUGUUACAUUUAGAGAAUCAUUAUUGCUUUUCUGUAGCCAUAUGCCUUAUGAUGAGGCAGCGGGAAUCCUCUUCCUUUUAUGUUGUAUUGUUACUUAAUUUUGCAGAUUCAGAUAAACUGUGGUUCAGUCACCAUGAAUCGUCGAAUUUGAUGCUAGCAACUUUCAGAGAUCAGAUGGGUGUGCAUCUGCAGACCACAACAGUUUGCACUUAGCAGUCUAAAACCGUGGGGUCUUUGCUAGUUUCCUUAUUUCUUACCAGUUACUAGCUUUCUCCGCUUCGCUUUUCUCACUUUGUUAUUCUACAGUCUGAUAUCUUUUUUGGUACUACAUUCUACUUAAUAGGGAUAAUGUUGCGCAAGACAGAUUCAACAGAGGUUGCUUGAUCUUCCACCUAUUCGGAACACAGUUACUGUGCGGAUGUCAAUUCUCCCAAGAGAAAAGGCGGAUGCAUAAGCCAAGUUAACUUGUGAUCGUUGGUCUGGUGCUAGUAGAUGCCCAAGAGACAGUGAUCAAGUCAAAGGCGAUGCAUGAAUGUUGCAGUAAUCGGGGCACAAAAUGCAGUCAAAGGCGUUCCGGGGCUUGUUUGAGUUGCUGGCUCCAGAUGACUGCCACCUCACACCAGCUGAGAAGGAGACGCUGGACGAACCAUAUUGUAUCGGACGGUGUUUCCUAAAUAUCCCAAAGGCAGAGGAGGAAAGUUGUAGUCUGAAAUCUGGCUGUACGGCAUACUCAAACUUGUUUAUUUGUUCCUCUAUGUUACAUCUCACAUUUGCUCUAGAGGCAACUGCAGCGACCUGAUUGCUUAGAGAAUAUGAAGAUUCUAUGUGCUACAACAACAAGUACCAAUAAAACAUAAAUUAUCCCCCAAUUUUUCCUUUUGAUUUUU